AUGACUCCUUCAGGCACUUUAGCUUCACAACAAAAUACAAGUCAUCAUAUCCUAACUUUAGAGGGUAAUAAUAAACGAAAUAUAGUUAAUACUAAUCAAUCAAUGCUAGAGACUGUCAAAAAUCUCCAAGGAAGAGUGCAUAACCUUUGGGCAUCAGAUUUCACUGAAAUAAUUGAUGAUAAUAAGAGUAACGUGCCUGUUUGUAGUAUAACUAAAAAUAUGCCUAUAGAACCUAUUGAUAAUUCUCAUGAAGAACAACAAUUAAUUGAUAAGGAUGACGAUACAUUAGCUGAUAAUGACGAUUGUUCCUCUCAGCUAAGAAAAAGGGUAAAAGUUAUAUCAAAAUUGAGAGGCAAAAACAAAGCUUCAUCAAUCGAAGCUUAA